CCCCCAAUCCACCAUCCAUUGAGCCCGCAUUGGUGUUUGUCACUCACUGAAAAUGUUUGCUCGUCAAGCCCUCCGCUGCGCUCAGCCCCUUAAGCAGGGCUUCCGCAAAUAUUCCACGGAAGCGCCCAAGGCCAAGUCCUCCCUGCUUCCCAUCUACGCCGCCGUCGGUGCCGCCGGUCUCGGUGUCGGUUUGUACCGCUACAACUCGGCCACCACUGCGGCCACCGCUGAGGCCCCCGUGGUCGACCGUCCUAAGGUCUUCAAGGGUGGUGACCAAGGAUGGUUUGACCUCAAGCUGUCGGAGAUUGAGGUCCUGAACCACAACACCAAGCGUCUGCGUUUCGAGUUCGAGGACAAGGAAGCUGUCUCUGGUCUUCAGGUUGCCUCUGCGCUCUUGACCAAGUUUAAGCCCGUCGAUGCUAAGGUUGUCAUUCGCCCUUACACUCCCACUAGCGAUGAGGAAACUCCCGGCUACAUCGACCUCGUCGUCAAGGUCUACCCCAACGGACCCAUGUCCGAGCACCUGCACAGCAUGAACGUCGGCCAGCGCCUGGCUUUCAAGGGCCCUAUCCUCAAGUACGCCUGGGAGCCCAACAAGCACAACCACAUCUGCCUGAUCGCUGGUGGUACCGGUAUCACCCCCAUGUACCAGCUUGCACGUGAGAUCUUCAAGAACCCCGACGACAAGACCAAGGUCACCCUUGUCUUCGGUAACGUGAGCGAGGAGGACAUCCUCCUGAAGAAGGAAUUCGAGGAGCUUGAGAACACCUACCCCCGCCGCUUCCGUGCUUUCUACGUCCUGGACAACCCUCCCAAGGAGUGGACCGGCGGCAAGGGCUACAUCAGCAAGGAGCUCCUGAAGACCGUCCUGCCCGAGCCCAAGGAGGAGAACAUCAAGCUCUUCGUUUGCGGACCUCCCGGCUUGUACAAGGCCAUCAGUGGAACCAAGGUCAGCCCCUCGGACCAGGGCGAGCUGUCCGGUAUCCUGAAGGAGCUGGGCUACACCAAGGAGCAGGUUUUCAAGUUCUAGACGAGGUGCACAUGAAGACUGCAGUGUAAUUUUUGAAUUGAACCCUGUUAUAUUAGAACGGUUUGAGCGUGUUGAGCUCUUUGGUGGGAAUAUAUACCUUGUCUGCUUCAGGGUUGUGGGAAUCCUUCCGU